UGAGAGAAACGCGCGCUCUCAGCAGCACAGUGAGCACACCGCAAAAGAGAGAAAGAAUGUGAACAAGGUGGAUUGGGCUCAGCUGCUUCGUGUCCUUACUAUUGUCAGUUUCUGCGCCUAAAAAAAACAAAGAACAAUAGGACUAUGAGCUUUAUUUUUUGUCGUCUUUGUUAAAAUUUGUGUGAGUCUUUUUUUCUCCCCGUUUUCUCAGAGAUGGACUGGAAGCGGCGUUGCGAGUGAGUGAGUGAGGAGCAUCAUUUACCUUCACCGGAAAUUCAUUUUUAAUGACUCCAAUUGGAUACACGACUCAGAGUGUAUGGGAGUAUUUUUCGACGACACGACCGUGUUUUGGUUAAGAACACCUUGGACAUCAUGAGCUCUAAUGCACAUCACCGAGGCUCAAUGGGAGAUGAGCCAAAUGGUGGGGCAAUUCGGUGUCAACGGUGUCGGGAAGUGUGCAAAGGAGAGGUGGUUCGAGUUCAAGAGACCCACUUUCACGUCGAGUGCUUCACCUGCACCGUGUGUAACUGCGAUCUGGCGAGGUCAGGUUUCUUCCAGAAGAAGGGCGAGUACAUCUGCACAGCGGACUACCAGCGACUGUACGGCACACGGUGCGACCGUUGCAACAUUUUCAUCACAGGCGAGGUGGUCUCUGCUCUGGGUCGGACCUACCACCCCAAGUGCUUUGUCUGCAGUGUUUGCAGUAAAGCCUUUCCGAUUGGAGACAGAGUGACUUUCAGUGGAAAGGAGUGCGUGUGCCAGCAGUGCUCUCGAUCACUGGCCAAGCCAAACGAACCUAUCAAAAUCCACGGGCCCAGCCACUGUGCCGGAUGUAGAGCAGAGAUCAAGCAAGGUCAGUCUCUCUUGGCGCUGGAGAAGCAGUGGCAUGUCAGCUGCUUCAGAUGUCAAACGUGCAACAUGGUCCUCACCGGAGAGUACAUCAGCAAGGACGGAGUUCCAUACUGCGAGGCAGACUACCAUGCCCAGUACGGAGUGAAAUGUGAGGGCUGCAGCAGAUAUAUAAGUGGAAGGGUGUUGGAGGCUGGAGGGAAGCACUACCAUCCAACUUGUGCUCGCUGUGUUCGGUGUAACAUGAUGUUCAAGGAGGGAGAGGAAAUGUAUCUGACAGGUUGUGAGGUGUGGCACCCAUUAUGCAAGCAGGCAGCAAGAGCAGAGAGGAGGCACAGGCACAGACGCCUGUCAGAGACCUCUAUCUCUCCUCCAAGCUCCUCCAUUGGCUCCCCCAAUAGGGUUAUAUGUGCCAGAUUGGCGAAUGAGUUCCUAGAUUAUAAGGACCUAGCUGCCCUCCCACAGGUCAAGGCCAUAUAUGAAGUCCAGCAGCCAGACCUCAUAUGCUCCGCAUAUCAGCCCAACCAGAGAUACAUCUCUAAUGACAGGCUAGACAUGACUUACAGCUAUGGGGAGUCACUUGGGACACUUUCUCCUUAUUCUCAGGACUACAAUUGCCUGGACAUGAAGCAGAGGCGAUGCUCCAGUCCAGGUUACAUUGACUCCCCUAGCUACAGUCGUCAAGGCAUGUCGCCCAUCAUGCCUCGCUCUCCGCAGUACUUUGGCUACCCUGGAUCUGAGAGUGGCAGGAGCUCCCCUUAUUACGGCCAAGAGGGGCGAUCCACCACACCGACGCUCAUCCAGCCCCCUAAACAUUUUCAUGUACCAGACAAUCAUUUGAAUUCAGCAACCAAAAGUAGGACCAGUGAGGAUAUUCUGAGAUCCUCCAGACUGUCCACCUACUCACCUGAGCCAUACACAGAGUGUGACUACUACCCAUACAGCAGCUCCCCCAGGGCCUACCGCGUACCGAGGAGACGGUUCUCGACAGGGGGAGAUGAAGAGAGUUGGAGUCAUAGUCUUCAAAGAAUUGGAAGUGGCAUCGGGAGGAUGAUCCUAAAGGAGGAGAUGAAAGCCAGAUCUGGUUCCUAUGACAACGACCCCUGGGGCAGUGCAAGGAAUUCUCGUAGUGGGAGCAAGGAAACCCUCAACACUGCAGGCUACAGCUCUACUGCCUACAACAACACUAUCAACGGCUCUCCUCAUUCCCAAUACAGCACUGAUAGUGAUUUUGUGUGCAAGUCUGCCUCACUUCCAGGUUAUGGACGCAAUGGCAUACAAAGGCCUCAGAGUGCUGACUGCUACCAGUACCAGUACAACAGUAGCAGUGAAGUCCACUGGGGAAGCAGAGCGGAAUACAAGAUUUACCCCUAUGAAGCUCUCAUUGUCACCACCAGAGGGAGGAACAAGCUUCCCAAAGAUGUUGAGAGAGCCAGACUCGAGCGUCACUUGUCCGCGGAGGAGUUCGUCCAAGUGUUUGGCAUGACCAUCGAGGAUUUCGACAGGUUGGCUUUAUGGAAGAGGAAUGAGCUAAAGAAACAGGCCCGUCUCUUUUAAUAGCGUGCGGAGAUCUGUUACAUACUGCCAUACAUCUAGAGAGAACUGGAGAUAUCUGCACCGUUUCACUGCCAUGGCUGAGAACCUGUUCUAGAUCUCCUCAAGCAACCAACCAAAUUGUGGGUACGCCAGCAUGGAGUUCUGCGAUUCAGAGACAUCCGUGCACAGAAACAGUGCUUGUGUGUUCACGUGCUGGAGUGGUGUGAAAGCAAUACAGGCUUGUUGUAAAUGAUAGAUACCAUCUUGUGCUUUUUCUUGAUUGUGAAGGAUUAAGGAAGGCACGUCUGCACCAUACAAACAAACAAAAACAGAGCUAGCUGCCCGACUUUGACACCAUGAGGAGGAUUUUGGCUUUGCCUUAUUUGUUAUGCUUUCUUCAUAUAUUUUAUGAGCGUGCAGCACCAGCAAUCAGAAUAAGUAGAAUGUAGUUGCAGUAUUUAUGUCACUUUAUUAGUGUGAAUGAUACGGGAUCAGAAUGGAUGAGCGCUAGAAUACAAUUUGCUUUUUUUUUUUUUUUUUUUUGCAUUUCCCCUGAUUUGGCACUCUUACUCAAAUUACUGUGUUCCUUUUUACUGACUAAUAAUAAGAAGCAAUGAGUACUAGUACUUCUAAACGUACUUGACAUGAGAAACCAAAGUGUGCAAAUACAGAUUAGCUGUAGACAUUGAUGUUAACGGUUACACUAUUCAAAAUUAUGACAAUGCAUAGACUGUGCUGUAACGUUUGAGAAUGUUCAUUACGUUUCACUGAUAACUGAAGGCAAGCCACAAAAAUUCUGAUGUUGUUGUUGUUGUUUUUGUUGUUUCUAGUUCGUUGCAACAGUGUCGAGGUCAGUGGCCAUUCAAACGAGAUCCAAAAUGAUGAUCCAAUAAUUUUGUAGCUACUGUAUACAGGGGUUUUUGAUAAGUAAACAAAGAACUGCUUUGCAAGGAAUUUCACGUUGCUUAAGAUCCAGGGUUGUUGACGUUUUGCCUUUGAACGCUGUUAUUUUGGAUUUUGUCACUAAAAUUAAACUCAUAAUUCCCA